GUUAUGCCCCUCAUAAGUAUGGCUGCCGCGUGUGCCAGCAUUCGUCCUUAUGUAAGUAAAAACCAUGAAUCACUGGAUGAACAUUCCCAAACUUUGUACAAAAAAAGGAGGCAGCUACAGAGAUUGGAAUCUUCUGAAUCGGAAUCCAGUAAUGAGGAAGAAUUUCCUUCUUUAGUGGAACUUAUUUUUGUAAAUAAACUGGAUCCGCAGUCCAACCCUGAAACUUUACCAGUAUUGCCUCCUAAAGCUUCCCCGAUGCACAGUCUCCCACAGCCUUAUGGAAGCCUGGCAAAGCAGGAUGGUGCUGCUGACAGCAAAGCAGAGGAGCCUAUUGUUGUAGAUUUGUCCCUCCAAGUGGCCUGUCCUUCAAGUCAAGAAUCUGUGGACUUGUCAACACAGUCAGAUGUUUCUGAGCAUUCCCUCACACAACAGAAGGAAAGGUCACCCAAGGCUGUUUCCCAAAAUAGCUACAGGUUAUCAUGUGAAUCCCUGAGUGGCUGCUCCAAUGAGAAGAGGCAGGAUACAGAGGAAAGGCUAGAAGUCGCUCAUGGAUUUGAACAUGAUGCCAGUCACAAUGGCGAUUCGCCUGCACUGUCCAGUCAAAAUGGAAUUCUUACCACCCAGAUAAUCCAGACUCUCAUCAGCAAUGUCCUGCUCACAGGGAGAGGACCGAAACAUUAAAUGUGCCAGAUCUCCAACACCUCCCUCAACCCCUUCAGACUCACAGCUGAGACUUAAGAGAACACCUGUGCAGGUGAAGGCGACCAUCAAUCUCCUGAGUAACGCAGCAAACCCUUCUCAAGAGGCCACAACAGACAAUGACGGGGAUGGGAAGUGGAACUGGGAGGACAUGGAGAAAGAAACUGGAGAUGACACAUCAGAUGCUGGUGCAAGAGUUUGCCAAGAAAAUACAGGUCGCACUGUCAAGUCAAGUAAGACCUGGAACUACACACAUCAUCAUGAAAACAGAUUCUGAUCUGGUUUGUGAGAGGACGUUGAAGUACUUAUUGGGAAUUGCAGGAAGGAAGUGGGUUGUCAGUUACCAAUAUACACCUCUGUGACAGUCUGGCUCGCAGUGGUGAGGUUGAUGACGUCGCGGACCAGGAAGUAACCAAAACAGUGGAUGGGCGGGUGAAGCUGAAUGCAAUUGCAUUCAGCGUAUUUAAUAAACAAACAAAUGAUUUUAACAAAACAAACAAGCAAGUGUCGUGCUGGAUAAUCCAGCACGUUUUAGCAAUUGUUUUUAAAUGUUGUUCUUUCUCUCUGCUCCCCGUACUCUCCUCUCUACACUCCACCACGAGUGCAGAGAGCUGCAGGUUUAUAUACUCUGGCCGAGGGAUUAACUAGUUGUUAAUUAUCUUAUUAUCCCUCGGCCAGAGUCUGCACGCGUUUGGUAAGGAUGCAUGACUGUCAGCUAGUUAAAUAAUCAGUAGCUGAUCAGCCAUGCAUCCUCACGGGGUUUUUAAAUAUAUAAUAAAAGACGCGGCGCUUUUACCCGCGCCGCAAACAAAAAUACAAAUAAUAAUACAUAGAGGCGGGACACUCCGCCACACAUGCCCCCCCUUGUGCGCAGUACACAUGGCCUUUUCGGCCACCUCCCCCCUUAGUCCCCAAAGUCCUGGUUAGCAGUCCCGAUGCAGGAACAGGGGCAGCAACGGGCCAAAGGUGGCGGCCACGGUGGGAUGUCCUCCUCCCACCCAAACAACUGUAGCGUCCCAGUGGACGACGCACAGGCCGGUUCCUCUGGCCAGAAAAAUUUUUGGGGUGCCCCCCCCUACUUCAUGGCCGGCAGCUCCCCUCCGUGGGGCUCCGGCCACCCUUUCUCCUGCAGUGAAAUUGCUGCGGGGGAAGCUGGUCUCCUAACCUCCCUCCCCUUCUUCAUGGCUGGCAGCUGCCCUUCACGGGGCUCCAGCCACAGUAUUUCCUGCCACGAAAGUGCGGCUGGGGGAGCUGGUCUCCUGACCUCCCCCCCUUUUCCAUGGCCAGCAGCUCCCCUUUAUGGGGUUCCAGCCAUAGUAUUUCCUGCCGCAAAAGUGCGGCUGGGGGAGCUGGUCUCCUGACCUCCCCCCCCUUUUCCGUGGCCGGCAGCUCCCCUUCAUGGGGCAGCAGCAGCGGACCCUCAGGAGGCGACGGCAGCAGCAGCAGCGGACCCUCAGGAGGUGAACUCGGGAGGGGAGCCCCUGGCCAUGGAGGCGGCAGCGGGAGCUCCACUUCUCCCUCAUUCCCUGAGCUGGUGGCUCUCCAGGUGAUGUGGAGCAACAGGCAGCCCCAGGCGAUGCGGAGCAACAGGCAGCCCCAGGCGAUGCGGAGCAACAGGCAGCCCCAGGUGAUGCGGAACAACAGGCAGCCCCAGGCGAUGUGGAGAAACAGGCAGCCCCAGGCGAUGCGGAGAAACAGGCAUCCUUGGGUGAAGCGAGGCAGGCAUCCUUGGGCGAAGCGAGGCAGGCAUCCCUGGGCGGUGCGAGGCAGGGCAGGAGCAGUCCUUGCCAUGACGGUGGAUGUGGAACCAGCAGGUAUUCACCCUCUGCUGGUGGAGGUGGGAGGGGAAAGCAGUCCUCCCACGGCGGUUGAGGCGGAACCAGCAGGCAUUCACCCUCUGCUGGUGGAGGUGGGAGGGGCAAGCAGUCCUCCCACGGCGGUUGAGGCAGAACCAGCAGGCAUUCACCCUCUGCCGGUGGAGGUGGCGGAGACAGAGGCAGCUCUUGCUGCUCUGCUCCUGGCGAUGGUGGAGACAGAAGCAGCUCUUGCUGCUCUGCUCCUGGCGAUGGUGGAGACAGAAGCAGCUCCUGCUGCUCUGCUCCUGGUGGUGGUGGAGACAGAGGCAGCUCCUGCUGCUCUGCUCCUGGUGGUGGAGACAGAGCACCAUGGCUGCGAUGUCUGGGAGGGAUGCUGGGUGGUGUGUCUGUUCCCAGGCCUCCCAGCGCUCCCCAUCUCUCGCCCACAGGAGGUUGAUCACAGCAGGGAGGGCCACCAUUAUAUCCCUCUCAGGCUCCGCCAGCCAGUCCCAGAUCCCCUCAGAGGAGACAGGAUUCUUCCGCCUCGGAGGAUGUGGGUCCUCUCUCACCCUUGCUGGAUGCUCAGGCUCCUUCCUCUCCUGCCAUGGAGGGGGUUGGUCCGGUGCCACGUGCCCGACCUCACCAACCGCGAAGCACCACUCCUCACCCUCAGGCAGGUGAGGCAGACGUCCAGCGUGGUAAGGACCCGCUGCGCCUCCUGCUGCUGUUGUUGUUGCUGCUGCUGCUGCUUUCUCCUCCGGCUACUUUUCCCCCUUUUUUUUUUUUUUUCAAAAAACACACAAAAAACACUUUGAAAAAAACAAAAAAACGUCCUUAUCCUUCCUGGUCCGACUGUUGGAGGCGUUUGUUUUAUCCCACUUGGUUGAUGACGUCACGGACCAGGAAGUAACUCAAACUAAAACAGUGGAUGGGUGGGUGAAGCUGAAUGCAAUUGCAUUCAGCGUAUUUAAUAAACAAACAAAUGAUUUUAACAAAACAAACAAGCAAGUGUCGUGCUGGAUAAUCCAGCACGUUUUAGCAAUUGUUUUUAAAUGUUGUUCUUUCUCUCUGCUCCCCGUACUCUCCUCUCUACACUCCACCACGAGUGCAGAGAGCUGCAGGUUUAUAUACUCUGGCCGAGGGAUUAACUAGUUGUUAAUUAUCUUAUUAUCCCUCGGCCAGAGUCUGCACGCGUUUGGUAAGGAUGCAUGACUGUCAGCUAGUUAAAUAACAUCGUGUAACAAUUUUUUUUUUUUUUUUGGUUCCUGGGUAGUUUGGUUAUUUCCUAAUUGCUUAUGCCUCAAAAGUAUAGAAAAUGGCUAUUAUUCCCCAGAAACUUUGCUUUUGUGACCAGGACAGUGAUAUUUUGAAAUUUACCUAUUUUCCAGAACAUUCCAGAUAGAUUCAGUGCUGAGUAAACUUGGAGUAACUUCUAGAACUUUCUAGAACUUUCCAGUAAUAUAAAUAGUAGUAUAAAUACAGAGGCCUUAAGCCCACCAGUUCAGUUUAGUUCCAGCUGCCUAAGUGGAUACAUAUCUGCAUUUUUCUUAGAUGGCAUCAAGGUCAUAGGAGACUUCAAAAUGGUGGCAUUCCUGAUGGGUCUCCAAGGCGGUUUUACCAAGUUUCCCUACUAUCUUUGCCUUUGGGACAGCAGGGACACCAAGGAGCACUACCACAGGCGGGACUGGCCACAGCGGACCGAGUUCUCUGUGGGGAGGAACAACGUCAAGUGGGAGCCACUGGUGGACCCCCGGAAGGUGCUGAUGCCACCACUGCACAUCAAAUUGGGCCUUAUGAAACAAUUUGUAAGAGCUCUAGAUAAGGAGUCGGCAGCCUUCAAGUACCUUCAAGACUUCUUCCCUAAGCUGUCUGAAGCAAAGGUCAAAGCCGGUGUCUUUGUCGGACCACAGAUAAAGAAGAUCCUGGAGUGCAAUGAAUUCCCCAAGAAGCUCAAUAGUAAGGAGAAAGCGGCUUGGAACAGCUUUGUCGCAGUGGUUCGUGGCUUCCUGGGCAAUCACAAGGCCGAAAACUAUGUGGAGCUGGUUGAGACUCUUGUGAAGAACUACGGCACAAUGGGCUGUAGGAUGUCCCUCAAAGUCCAUAUCCUUGAUGAUCAUA